UGGCCUGUGCCUCCACACCAAAUUAGGGCUCCUCGAGCUCGUCUAGGGUUCUUCUUGGCGCUCCGCGGCUCGGAGAGCGGCGACAUCGGUGUCAAGCGCCUCAUCCAGCGCCCGCAUUCUCAAUAGCCGGUGAGUAGCUAUCCGACGCGAAUCUGCCGCUAGAACAGCGCCUUCCAGACGAGAAAUCCAAUCCGGAAGGGGUAUGCAACGAUGCGGCUCCGCUUGAGCAGCGGCAUCGAUUCUCAGUAUGCUGGGAUCCUUCCGCAGAUUUGAAGCCGGCAAUGAUGGCAGUGGGCGCUUUGGCGUCGGGAUUCUUGGCAAGGCAGAGAUUAGCGACGACGUAGUCGAACGAGCUCCCCUUCUAGGUGCUGUUGAGAGCGGGCGAGUCAGUGUAGAAGAUCAUGCCUCCUGGACUAGGAGAUUCCAAGAAAUCGCCAUCUCCAUUGGAGCUACCAAUAGAUCAUCAGCUGAUAGAGGAGGAACUUUGAUCAGUGAUUCAAGCCAGCAGCAUGAUGGGGGAAGGAUACUUCCACUUCUUCGACAGUCGAGUGGAGGGAGCUUCACAGAGAGUCUUCGCUCGACUGACUUUCCACCACUCACGCUAUCUCCGCCCCGGACACUCGACUCAAACGACUGUAUAUCACUGGAGAAAGCCGGAGAACCGUGUGGAAGCUGGAUGCAGCAGGCAGAAACGGGCUAUAACUUACAAAUGGCGCUAGUGCUUCGGAUGAUGGCUGAUGUAGAGGAGAUUCCAUUGUCAACUCCAGUUCGUGUGGCUCCUCCAAAUCCCGCCGUCUUCACGAGCCAUAGAUUCUGGGUACACGGAAGUCUGGGAUAUAGCGAUAGGAUCGACGAUGGUUUCUACUAUGUGCAUGGAAUAGAUCCAUACGUGUGGGCGAUGUGCACUGAUGUGGAUGACAAAGGGCGGAUGCCAACUCUGGACGCUCUUCGUGCAGUCGACAUUUCUCAGGUUUCGUUGGAAGCUGUUUACAUCGAUAGAAGCUGCGACUCUUCUCUGUGCGAACAUGAGAAGACCGCUGUCGCAAUUGGCUAUGAAUGCAGCAAUGCUUCUGAGCUGCCGGAACGCCUUGGGAAGUUUGUGAGUAACGUCAUGGGUGGCAAGGCAUCAAAUGGCGAAGGAGAACUUAUCUCUCACUGGAUAACGAGGAGUAGAAAGCUUAAGGAUGCCUUGCAUAGUGCCGUCAUUCCCAUUGGCACUGUCCGGAUUGGACUUUGCUGGCACCGUGCCCUUCUCUACAAGUUUUUGGCAGAUAGCAUAGGCCUACCUUGUCGAAUUGCUCGUGGCUGUAAGUACUGCGGUCUGGACAAAGGAGCGUCUUGUCUGGUGCUUUGUGGCACAGAAAGGGAGUAUUUUGUCGACUUGAUUGGUUCUCCUGGAGAGCUACAUGAAUGGUCUUCGUUUCUCAAUUCUUACUCGAUACCAGUGACGUCACCUUUACGGCUUCCCGAUUUUAGAUCCUCGACUCUAACUGACGAUGAUCGACCUUGGAAUAUGGCUUCAGAGUUCGAAGCAUCUCAGAAAUCUGAUAAUCGAGAUGGGAAAGUGGCAUGUUCAGCGGACCAGUCUCAUCUGUAUAAUAGCAGUUCCACCGGAAGUAGCAACAGAACUAGUAACGGCGAUUUGCAUUUCCUGGAUCGUAAUCAGCAUGGUACCUUGCCUUCGCAACACGCUGAAUCCUUUAGCCGAACUGACACUUUCAGCGAAUGGGAGAUACCCUGGGAAGAACUUGUUUUGAAAGAACGACUAGGCGGAGGGUCCUUUGGCACUGUGCACUUGGCAGAUUGGCAAGGAACGGACGUCGCUGUUAAGAUCCUGCUAGAUCAAGAUGCAACGCAAGAAUUGCUGUCAGAGCUGACUAGGGAGAUUGUCAUUUUACGAAGGCUACGGCAUCCGAAUAUUGUUCUUUUUAUGGGUGCCGUGACGAAACCUCCACAUCUUUCGAUUGUCACUGAGUAUCUCCCCAGGGGCACGUUAUUUCGACUACUGCAUACUCCGAAGGCAAGAGAAAUCUUGGACGAAAAGAGGCGGCUGCGCAUGGCACUUGAUGUGGCCAGAGGUGUAAAUUAUCUUCACAGAAGCAAGCCUGCGAUUGUCCAUCGUGAUUUGAAGUCACCCAACCUUCUUGUGGACAAAUAUCUAACAGUGAAGGUGUGCGAUUUUGGUCUUUCAAGAUUCAAGUCUAAAACGUUUCUGUCAUCUCAGACUGGCGCUGGCACGCCAGAAUGGAUGGCCCCGGAAGUGCUUCGUGACGAGCCUUCCAAGGAGAAGUCCGACGUGUACAGCUUUGGUGUUGUUCUAUGGGAGCUUGUAACUCUACAAAAGCCUUGGACAGGACUCACUGCUAUGCAGGUAGUAGCGGCCGUAGCGUUUAAUGGCCGGAGGCUACAAAUCCCCAGUAAUGUGAACCCCAAGAUGCGAGCUCUGAUCGAGUCUUGCUGGGCAAACGAUCCAGAACUACGACCUUCGUUUGCCAGCAUCAUCGAUGCACUCAAGAAAUUCCAAGAGCCACUCUUCCUGGAAGAGAGUUAAAUACAGGAGCUCUCUCUCUCUCUCUCUCUCUCUCUCUCUUCUCACUCUCUCUUUUGUAAAGAAAUGAAGCGCGAAAUCUAGCGGCUUCGAUUUUGCCACAUUUAUUC